AUGUCCACUUUGGGGACACUGGCUUUCGAUGAGUAUGGAAGGCCUUUUAUCAUCAUUAAAGACCAGGAUAAGAAGACACGGUUAACGGGCAUUGACGCAUUGAAGUCUCAUAUUAUGGCCGCAAAGGCAGUCGCGUCAACGCUUAAAACGUCUUUGGGACCAAAUGGUCUUGACAAGAUGAUGGUUGACAGAGAUGGAGAGGUAACUGUCACCAAUGAUGGAGCCACCAUUCUCAGCAUGAUGGAUGUGGAUCACCAGAUUGCCAAACUUAUGGUGGAGCUGUCAAAGUCCCAGGACGAUGAGAUUGGUGAUGGAACCACCGGAGUUGUUGUUCUGGCCGGAGCUCUGCUGGAGCAGGCUGAGCAGCUGCUGGACCGCGGAAUCCACCCCAUCAGGAUUUCUGACGGGUACGACCAGGCCGCACGCAUUGCCAUCGAGCAGCUGGACAAAAUUGGGGAAACCUUCCCCUACGAUCCCAACAACACAGAACCGCUCAUUCAAACAGCCAUGACAACACUGGGAUCCAAAGUUAUUAACCGGUGCCACAGACAGAUGGCAGAGAUUGCAGUGAACGCCAUCCUCACCGUGGCCGAUAUGGAGAGGAAGGAUGUAGACUUUGAACUCAUCAAGAUGGAGGGCAAGGUUGGAGGAAAGCUGGAGGACACACAGCUCAUCAAGGGGGUCAUAGUCGACAAGGAGUUCAGCCACCCUCAGAUGCCCAAGGUUCUGAAGGAUGCUAAAAUUGCCAUUCUUACCUGCCCGUUUGAGCCUCCUAAGCCCAAGACAAAGCAUAAGCUGGAUGUGACCUCUGUGGAGGACUACAAAGCCCUCCAGAAAUAUGAAAACAAGUUUGAGGAGAUGAUCCAACAGGUCAAAAGUAAUGGGGCUAACUUGGCCAUCUGCCAGUGGGGCUUUGAUGAUGAAGCCAACCAUCUUCUGCUGCAAAAUGAACUGCCUGCAGUGCGUUGGGUCGGAGGACCUGAGAUUGAGUUGAUAGCAAUAGCCACAGGAGGCCGCAUCGUCCCGAGGUUCUGCGAGCUGACACCAGAGAAGCUCGGUACAGCUGUGGUGAAGGAGAUCUCCUUCGGCACAACCAAGGAUCACAUGUUGGUCAUCACGGAGUGCAAAAACACCAGGGCUGUAACCAUUUUCAUCCGUGGAGGCAACAAAAUGAUCAUUGAGGAGGCUAAGCGUGCUCUCCAUGAUGCUCUGUGUGUAAUCCGCAAUUUGAUCAGAGACAACAGAGUUGUGUACGGAGGUGGUGCUUCAGAGAUCGCCUGCGCCCUGGCUGUCAGCCAGGCUGCAGACAAAUGCCCAUCAUUGGAACAGUAUGCCAUGAGGGGUUUUGCUGAUGCUUUAGAGGUUAUCCCAAUGGCACUGGCGGAGAACAGCGGGCUGAACCCCAUCCAGACCAUGACAGAGGUCAGAGCCAGACAAGUCAGAGAGAACAACCCCUUCCUCGGCAUUGACUGUUUACACAACAACACCAAUGACAUGAAACAACAACAUGUGAUCGAGACCCUGAUUGGCAAAAAGCAGCAGAUCUUGCUCGCUACUCAGGUAGUCAAGAUGAUCCUGAAGAUAGAUGACAUCCGAAGCCCUGGAGAGAGCGAGGACUGAAGCCCUCCUGUACACAAGAAAGGCUCGGGUGUUCUCUCGAACUAAUGUUGUUCUAGAGGUUUUCAGCACUUCCCCGAGCACUGCAUCCAAACCGCAUUGUGUAUUGCUAUUUAUAGUUGGAUACAACAUGUUCAAGCUGUUGUAGUUUCAGUCACUAAAGUUAUUAAAAUGUUGGUCUGUUGAAAUUUCC